AGUUUAGUAGGUUUUAUUUGCGUUCUUUAAUGUCGGAACGAUUUUCAUUUUAUCCUUUUUCGGGAUAGAAAUAAAUCUCUGGAAAUGGUAUUAAAUUCUAAUUAUGUAGGAAAGCAUUAAUGAGAAUGACUUUUAUUGUGAAAGAUACAGGGGUAUUAAGAUUGUGUAACGUUUCUCUAUAAAUAAUUCGUGGCACUUUUCGUAAACUUAUCAAACUGAGAAAAUGUGUAUUUUCCGUUGAAAGCGUGAAAAAUAUUAGCACGUUUCUUCCUCUUUUCUACAUCAGAAGAAAAGAAGUAGCUUCUUACUUUGCGGUGUUUAAGAAUAAUACCAAAACGCGGUUUGCUUUUCUUAAUUGCACAGAAAUUAAAUUUGCAGAUGUGUCUCGAACAAACAUCGUUGAAAUAAUCUCUCGACUUUCCUUGAAUCAAAAUCGUGCUAGAUGGCUUCGUAUUCGUCGAAAAUUGCUCCAAAUACGCGCGAUUAUCGAAAAACGAUACGUCGAACAACGUUCCGAAUCGAGUUCUCGUAGAAGAAACGAAAUCCGUAAAGACAGUGAAAGAUGUAGAAGCACGGGAAAUGAUCGUGUAGGAAAUGAGGAUAUCCACUUGUUACGUCGCAGAAACCUCAAUGGUUUGUUCUCGUGAUACGAGAAUAAGGAGCAUCUAGCAGUUGAAAGAAGUGCGACUAGUGGGACGGAGACGGAAGUCGGUAGAAGAGGAAAAUGGGAAUAUCCGUAUGUCGAAAGAGAUAAGUGAAACGGCGAUCGAGCUUAGCGGGAAAGAGAAAAAGGCACGACGAUGAGCGUCGCCGUUGCCAGGGCAAUGAAUCGCAGAUUGACGCAGGCGUCACGAGUCCGGCCACGCGCACACCCCGUUUUCUGCUCCCUUCCACCCACCUCGAAGCGUGCCGCUGCUUAAGGCAUGCACACUACAAUAGACGUUUUCUCGUCCGACGCAGUUGGUUGGACUUACGAGAUUUGCCGCAUUAUGAUUCACACGUAAAAAUCUUCUGACGUGAAAAGUGUCGGUUCACCGCUUUUUACAGUUUUUCGAUUCGUUGGAUAUACUUGGGAAAGCUGCUCCUAUUUCCUAGGAUUUCCUGGGGUAGGAUCAAAUUUUGUCGCAUGUUACGCAAAGCUUAAAAUCGUACGAGUUCUAAAUUUUGAAUUUUCGUUAUUGAGAAUUAAGCAAACGUUUGUCUCAAAAAAGUUUCUUUAUUUGUUCGAAAAUUUCCCAAAAGUUAAGAAAGUUCGACUUCAGUGUUUACAUGUAAAUGUUUCAUGGUUAACAGGAAGGGAUUCUCAGGAGCAUUAAGUUUAAUUCAAAUCGAUUAGUUUCCCGUGCGAAGUUUUAAUAGGUUGCGGAGAAAGGUUUUUGCGUUUCGCGUCAGCUUUCAUUUGAUUGCAUUUCGUUCAUUAUACGAUAUGGUAAUACGUUUACGACCACCGUAUUACGUGUCUAUAAUAUCACAUUAACGUCCAUAAUACGAACUAGUCUCUAUUCGUGAACGCGUUAAUAUUGCAGUAUGCGUGAAAAAUUUACGUUCAUCAAACGUCUUACUGAUGUACUUGCGCGUCUGAUAAAUCACUGUCGUACAUAGUUGUACUAAUGUAUGAUUCAACGCGACCUACUGCCUGAGAGCAAAAUCUAUAUUGCUCGCUUUACGAGGUGGCAACAUUAUGAAUUCAGGGAAUUAUACCGGUCAUACACGUCGACAACGUGUACCAGCGGUUCGCAAUCAAAGAAAUUGCGAAAUGAUUUUUAAGUGUUCACAUAAAAAGUGCAGAUACGAAUAUUAAGCUGCCUCGUCGUCGAGUUUUUGAAUCGGUGCUUAACACGAGGUUUAGCCGCUUUCCACGAAGUUCGGUCCAUUUAUGCACGAACAGAGAAAGGCAGAGAAAAAGAGAAAGGAGCCGGAGGCGAGAGCCGCAGGAGAGAGAGAUGAGGUGUUGUAGCGUUAGCGAACAUUCGUGAAAGCGUACUUUAGACUGUAACGCGCAUUCCCAGGACAGGAAGCGAACGGGCGAACCGGCAAGUUAGCAAGCGAAAGGGAAUAAAGAUAGAAAAGAUCCGCGUGCGCUGGAUAUAGCGUAUAUCGUCGCGACAGCGUCGACGUUGUCUGUGCCUCUGGUGGGGUGGUUGGAAAAGUUGUGUGAAACUUGAAAGAGAACCAGAGAAGGAAACGUAGGAUAUACGAAGGAAAGAGAAACGCCGGUGUCCAACCGGGGAGAAUCGGAAUGAAAGGGGGGACGAAUCUGGUGGUGGUGAAACGUUAUAGAUGUGUAGAGUAUCUCGUUGUCGGUGUUGGUAAAUGUCGAAAAGACGAAGGUAACGGCGCGGUGGGUGGCGGUGGUGGUAGAAAAGCGAUGGUGUUGGUACCGUUGGCGGUGGCAGUGGUGGUAGUGAUGGUGGUGGUGGCAGCGGCAGCGUGUCCCGACGCCGGGAAAGUUUCGCUGAGAAGCGCGCGGAGUGUGAGAACGCGGCGCGAGCGAGAGAGCCGAACGUAGAAAGAGGACAAGAGCGAGACCGCGAUUCAGGGGGUGAAAGAGCAAAGGGGAUGGAGAAUGAGAGUGAGUUUGGAGCGAGGACGGCAACGCGGUGCGGGCAAGGUUUUCGUCUCCAGUUCCCGCUAAGCGGCCGAUAGGAUUGGAACGAGUUGGCUGCGUACGCGGUAACACACGCGGGGUAACGUGUUUGUCCAGGUAGCGUGCGCGGUGUGAUGGUGGUUGUCGUAGCGCGAAAGAACACACGCGGCACGCGCUACCGACGGAACGGACCGGCCCGUGCUGGCGUGUGUGACCGACCGAGCGCUGCCGUAACGAGUUUACUCCGUCGGUAACGCCGGACGCGUGCCAGCGAUAAACGUGCCGCGUGUUACGGUGACAGUGGGAUGAGCAAAGUGGUACAGGACACGAGAUGUGGUCACCACGAUCAGGCUUCUUAUCAGGCCGAUCUUUUUUCUCCAAGCAGGACCAUGUGCGUAACUUAAGGAAACAUGUGACACAAGAUAAUAAAGAAACGUGAAACGGGGACAUUUCUGCCUUUUUUACUAUGUUCAUUCGUGAAUCGUACGGUGGCAUCAUGAACCGUUUGUUUACGUUGGUGUUCGUGCUGAAUUCGACUGACCAACGAUGGACACGCUGAUAUCAUGAUUCAAAAGUGUUUCAGACUGGUCAGGAUUACUGGAUCGUGAGGCUUAGUUUUCAACAAAUAAAUCACAAUGGCGUCAAAGAAGACGAGGCAAAACCAUUCUAUACAGCACUUACUAGAGCUGCCAAGCAACAGAGAGACAAAAUUGCCGUUAUAUUCUGUGAAGGAGUCAACCCAAACGCCACUCAUUCCAACCCCCCGACAGGUCCCGGUAACUGUGCUGCAUCCCUCGCCGAAAAAGUUGUAUCUGAGCAAAACCCGGCAAAGUGGUCUCACGGACAAUUUGCAUCAGGAUCUCUUACGAACGGUCAACCCAACUGCACGCCAGCAAGCGUCGACCCACACAAGGCGGGACUAUCCCCGCCAAAUCAUGAACAAGGUGGAUGAUCGAGUCAGAUCGCCAGGUACAUCACGAUGUUUAACUACCACUAUGUCGCUCUCAAUUUCACCCUCGAGCCCUGAAGAACCUGUCACGCUGGUGGAACUGACCAGCGUGCCAGGUGGCCAGAAUGCGAUGGCUCAUCUCAAAAAACGGAAGCUGGAAGCAGAAUCUGUCAGCCCAAAUCCUAAGCAACCACAGCAGCCACAACAACAGCCGCAUUAUCAACAACAGCAACCCUUGAUCAACAAGAAGGCUGUUCAAGCGAUCAUUCCGCAAGAAAUGGAGACAGCUGAUGCUGCUGCUAAACGAAGAAGGAAAAGCGUUCGCGAUGAAGAAACGCGCAAAUCGCUCGAAGCCAGUGAUUCGAGCAAGAGUAUACCGUUACCUCAAAAGAAACGAGCAUUCGCUGCUGGAAAUUCAGGUAGCCCAGCGAGAAAGUCCAGCAAACACUCGGAAGAACCCGAAGACGAUGAGACUUUAAUCAGAGAAACCGAAGCUGCUUUGAAAAGCCUGUCUGGAAGUUGGCCUGGUCCGAGAGGAUCCUUAUAUCAGCGAGGUAAUUCCGACGAGGACAAAUAUGAGUCGAAUUUUGAAAACCUGUUUGAAGAGAAAAAAGAUAACCCUAAACUGUCGCCUUCCUCUAUGUCCACUUCUUCAACCACUAGCAAUGACGCAGGUUGUUCCUUGAAAGACGUGAUAUCGUUCCGCGGUCAGCAAGAUCGUAACAGCAAAUCCCAGCAACAGUUGAAGCAACAAGAUAUGAAGCAACAACAACACCCGAACAAAGCGAAAAAGGAUUUAGACAGUUUGUUAAAAACGGAAAAUGAAUGCGGCAUUAUCCAAAACCAAGUGAACAACGUGAAUCCAAACGAAUCAGGUAAAAUCAGGCCAGUGCCGAUGAGAUCUUUAUCCAAUAAAGACAGGAAUGACAGGAAUAUAAUCGGUACUCACGUGGACAGUCAAGGUCGGCAGACUGACAAGUAUUCUCGAUACGAUCCACCCGAUUUCAACGAACUUGUCGACGAUUCCUCCAACGAAUUAGAGAUCGACAUGUCGGAUCCAGCUGCCGAGAAAGACGAAGCUGACAGGGACAAGCUGAACGAGAGGGACAGGGAUCGAACAUGUAGAAACGGCCAAUCGCCACAAAAUUCUAGACAACAACAGCAACAUCAAAACCAAUUAUAUUCAAAUUACCACAGGCACUAUAACGAGAACAGUAUGAAGGUUUCGCCAACCGCCACUACCACCUCCUCUUCUUCACCACCGUCGAAUUCUCCGUUCUCUGCAACGUCGGCGUUUAGACCACCCAAUACGGACCACGCGAAAGCGACUGGCCGCGGUACACCGUCAGUGGCCGUGGCUUCGACAGCGAUACCACCUAUCGGUCCGUACCCAGCAUCCGCUACGUUUGUCGGUUACCCCACUGCUGGUCCAGGACCAACGAUGCCAACACCCCAACCUGUUACGGGAAUCUCGACCACCUCGGAGGACAAGCAUUCUUCCUCUGUAUCGUUAUUACAAUUGAAAUCGUCAAAGGAGGAGGUUCAUCAUGUAACGAGGCACGAGGUUACACCGAACUCGAUGACAGGCAACAAAAGUCCUACCAGUGGCCUUCCUGCUAUCACCAGUCCCGAUUCCUCGAAACAGUAUACGAUUCUUCAACCAGCUGGUAUCGGGUCGAGGGCAGCCAGUGCCAUUCAGGACAUAGCCAGAGAGGGAGUGGUUAGUGUAACGGCUGUUAGCAGUUGUAGCACGACCAACGGCAAUACGGCCAAUGGCAUCAACAGUAAUAGCAAUGGAACUUGUACUAAUAACAUACCUAACAAAAGUACGAACAACAAUAGUAGUGGUAACGCGAACAAUACUGCCAAUCCGGUCAGCAAUGGCAACGGGAACAAUGUCACGAACAGUAUCGCUAUCACCGCUAUUUCAACCAGUACGACGACGUCUAGUCCAACGACUGGUGCUGAUGCGACAUCAGGAAGUGGAACUGGUCAGCAAGAAACUGUUAUGAAAAUGGCAGAAAGGCCCGUUACCUUUGAUGGCACCAGACCUGGAAUGUCCAUGUCUCCGUCCAGUCUUAACAGAGAGGGCAACAAGUGCCCGACCCCAGGCUGCACGGGGCAGGGUCACGUGACCGGACUCUAUUCUCACCACCGCAGCCUAUCCGGUUGUCCACGGAAGGAUAAACUAACGCCUGAGAUUCUGGCGAUGCAUGAGACUAUUUUGAAAUGCCCGACGCCUGGUUGCAACGGCCGUGGCCAUGUCAGCUCGAAUCGGAACACGCACAGGAGCCUAUCCGGAUGUCCCAUUGCCGCGGCCAAUAAGCAGGCUGCACGCGAGGCACGACACAAGGCUCAAGUGUCCGGAAUUCCUCCAGAAUACAUCAGUACGAACCUGUUGCCGCCGUCGAUGGAUAGCAAGAGCUACUCCCAGUACGGGUCCACGGCGCAGGACACAAAACCGGUGCUAAGCAGCCUGACCUAUGACUACUACACGACAACGAAAAGCACGGGUAUCAACGUGAAACCUCCGAAAACACCGGAGGAGAAUCCCUCAUCCCGUACGACCAAGGUAGUCCCUAAAACUGAAAAUAUGACGCCGAGUGGCAGUUGCUGCAACACCCUGCCAUCCAGAGGUCAAAACACGACCGACUUACUGGUACCAAAGACGGAAGAAACUGCUUCCUGUCGAGUGAAUUCACCGCCACCACCUCCACCACCCACAGUACGGCCAACGUACGACUCGUACAUGAAUCAGGAUUCGAACUCUUCGUCGAUGUCCUCGAUGGACGCCAUGGGGUCUAGAGGAUCUAUUGGCGCGACGAUACAUCAUCCUACUCAGCAUCCGACGCAUCACGUGCUGCCUAUGCAGCCCACAGUCGCAUAUCCCAUGCCAAUGGUCGAGGAUACGAGGAUGAGUCAUCAGAUGUCCCAGAGAUCUCCGUACGAGCCAUCAGCUAUGAUGGCCGCAGCGGCGGCAGCUGCUGCUGCGGCCACCACCAGCGAGGAACUUUAUCAUCACAGAUCGGCAGAGCACGCGAGAGCCUACAUGCAUCCUGGAGCGAGCAAUAUAGCGCGACCAGUUGUCACUUAUUCCAACGAGAUCGCAACCGGGAGGGGAUAUGAGAACGCAGUAGCCAGUGCUGCGAAUCAUCGACCGUAUGACCCUGGCACCACAUCCGCUUAUGAAAGAUAUGAUACACAAAGUUGCGCACCGAUUCAGUCACAGCAGCAGCAACAGCAACAACAACAACAACAGCAGCAACAACAGCAGCAACAGUUGCAUUCCAGGACGAAUAUGUAUUAUCUGGGACAGACUGGAAUGACGCCUGAGGAGCAAGAAAGGGUGUAUCAUCAGGAAGCUGCGGCUGCAGCACAGCAACAUCAGAUGGCGAUGGCUGCUGCUACGGCUGCUGGGAUGAUGAAGACCGAAGAUGUGAAAUGUGUCACAGUGGCGCAAGUUCAGCAAAUGCAGAAACCUGGUGGCCCCCCAACCUCCCCAGGUGGUUCGGUAAUGGAUUUGUCAACCUCCAGCGUCACUUCGACGAGUCCACAGGCUCCACCGUAUGGUUCCAAUAGUCUCAGCCCUCAAUAUGGCGGUGGCCAAACAGUAGGUGGUAGUCCCCAGGCUGCAGCGAGCCCACACUUGACUGCAAGUCCUCAGGUUCCCAGUCCUCAAGGACAAACCCUUGAUCUCAGUGUCAACAGGCUUCAUAGCGGCGCGCCAAGUCCCCAAUAUCCAACCGGCCACGGAGAAGCUGUGGCGGUUCCCGUUGGACCUGGUUUUCCAGCACCCAGACCAAUCGAGGAGCAAACCGAGCCCGUGGACUUCUCGACGGCAAACGAGCCGGUCAAUUUCAGUGGGGGUCCUGGAAUCAGGCCUGUGCCAGGCUUCCCGCCACCCGGUGUGCACGUCACGGCGUACAGUCGGGAAAGCACCCCAGACAGCGGGGGUUCCCACUACAUGGACGCUUACCGCGAUCCCACUGGUUAUGGACCGAUGAGCCCGCACCCCGGAUACGGAAUGACAGGCGUUCAACCGGAAUACCCUGGGAACACGUAUACCCCUUACCCCACCGCAGGCUACAAUUGUGGUGGAACUUAUCCUGGAGGUCCCGUAACUUCCGGUUACCAAAUCCCAGCUGGCUACACGCCGACACCUUGCUAUAGUAUGCCACCUCCGCAGCACACAGUCGGACCUCUCGAUAAACCUACGGGUAAAGACGAUAGUAUGAAUAUGAGGCGGCACUCGUUGAAUUUCGUGCCUCGGCCCGCCCCUCGUGGUCGCGAUGGCAAGGAGCUGAUACAGUGCCCCACGUCGUCCUGUGAUGGCAUGGGUCAUGUCUCGGGAAACUACGCUACCCACAGAAGCUUGUCUGGUUGUCCGCGAGCCGAUCGUUCCCAGAUCCAAGCACAUUCUCAAGAGCUCAAAUGUCCCACACCAGGAUGCGACGGUUCGGGUCACGUAACCGGCAACUAUUCAUCUCACAGAAGUUUGUCCGGUUGUCCAAGGGCUAACAAACCGAAAAGCAAGCCCCGAGAUGGACAGGAUUCGGAACCACUAAGAUGUCCCAUCCCCGGUUGCGACGGCUCUGGCCAUGCCACUGGCAAAUUCUUGUCGCAUCGCAGCGCAUCGGGCUGCCCCAUUGCAAACAGGAACAAGAUGCGUGUAUUAGAAUCGGGAGGUACGGUUGAGCAGCACAAAGCAGCGGUGGCCGCGGCGACAGCGAUGAAGUUUGAGGGUGUGAACUGUCCCACGCCGGGCUGUGACGGAAUCGGUCAUAUAAACGGAUCGUUCUCUACUCACAGAUCUCUAUCCGGUUGUCCGAUAGCCGGUCACGCGGUAAAGAAGCCAAAGUUCGAAGACAUGUCGACCAUGUACAGCAAAGGAAUCACCGGAGUGGACACCAGUGGUCCGGCUCACGGGGGUGCGGUGGGUACGGGUCAGGGUAACACGAGUGGUAGCGGUACCGCCAGUGGCCAGAGCGAGGAUCUCUACACACUGGAAGCCGAGAUCACAGAGCUCCAGAGAGAAAACGCUCGGGUCGAAUCGCAGGUGUUGCGCUUGCGCUCCGAUAUCACCGCCAUGGAGAACCAACUGAAGCAAGGUGAAAAGGAAACAACGGCGAUUACUCAGCGAAGCAACAACCUGACCGAGUACUAUCAAUCGCUACGCGAUAACAUGAUAACGUUGUUGGAGCACGUGCGAAUACCGAACGCCCCGGGCGGACCGCAGGAGAAGAUGGGCCACGAAAACUUCGACAGUUACCUGACGAAGCUGCAGACAUUGUGCACCGCUGAUGGUUAUUGCGCGGACGAGGCAAACAGGCCGAUAUACGAAACGGUGAAGACCGCGCUGCAGGAUUUCACGGUCCUACCGACACCCAUCUGAGACCAUCCUUAAAGCUCGACGAUCGGAUACAACGUGACACGAACGCGUUUCAUGCGGUAACUUCGUUCUCGUUGUGAUGAUAAGAAAAAAAAAUGCGAUCAUAACAGAGACACAGGAGUUCGCGUGGUUUACCACAACGGAAAGACUAUUCUGUGCAAUGAAAAUCGUGUGUCGGUAAACGAGCAACGAGAAAGACUUUCUUGAUCGUAUAAUAAAUUGUGUUAUGACUCUCCAUACUGAGAAUGAGAAAUCGAGAAGACUUUUUACCAAUUAUCGGGUGAUCUGCUCGUGUACCAAAGGAAAACGGUGCUUUCGACUGUCGACUUAAAGACGGUAAAUGUUCGACACAAGCCGAUGACGACUGUAUAGACUUGAGAGUAGUAAAUGUUACAAAGAAAAACGGUAUCUAAGGUAUCAUCUGAUAACCACUCAGUGUGAUCCCGCAGAACCGUACGGACUGACGUUGCUCAUAGCGAUAUCUUUUGUAUAUAAUGAAAUUGUAGAACAUAAGAAUAACGUAAGGCCGAGGACCGUGAGGACUCGUAGGCAUCGUGAUUGUAAAUAGGCAGCAGAGAAAGCAUUUAUAUAUAUAUAUAUGUAUAUAUAUAUAUAUAUACAUAUAUAUAUAUAUAUACAUAUACAUAUUAUUCAAAGGAAACGUUAAUGUCGUUAUCACUCUUAAGUCAUGUAAAGAUAAAGAUGAAGUUGGUGGAAGACACAAGGAGCACACGCGCGAAAAACAUAAAUGAUUAGCUUAAAUGUAUAUCGAACAAACGUAUUGCUCUUACCAGUGCAUAACUGUUACUACCCGUUAAGCCAUUAAACGUUUAAAAAGUAAACGAGAAUGUGGAACCGCUAUCGAUGCUGCUUCUGCUAAAAUGGAAAAAUGGAAAAAAAAAAAAAAGAAAAGAACCGACAGCUACUUAUAAAUUACUACUGCGUACUUACCGCUAGAUAUUAUUAUUACUACUAUCGUCACUGUUACAACCACCGAGAUUGUUUCUAGGACUAACCCAAUCAUUAUUAUUAUUGCUACCACUACUCUUACUACCGUCUGAUAUAGGAUAUUAGCGAUGAGUAUACCGACGCAUUUAUAUUAUCAACGAGUCUACGAAACGGCGAAACACUUUGUCCAUAGUGUGUACAUAGUCGACAGAAAGAGAUUACGAAUAUUAUAAUGAGAGUUCGGCGAGUAGUGCUGAUCCACUUGGCUAAUUGUGCGUGAGAUGAUCGAUGAGAGAAGAUUCUGCGCGUGAAACCUCGAUCUUGUAAUAACAGUGCAUGUACACACAGCCUGGUCGUUAAUUGUCAAGAUGUCAAUCGCAAACACGGUGUACUUAUCAAAUUUCCAGGCGUUUAAGGGCGCGUCGAGGAUCGACGAGCUCCAUGAAAAGCGAGGACGAUCCUUGAUCCUCGUGCUCGUCGUGAAUCGUCGACCAAUCGGGUCGGGACGAAGGAUACUCGUUCUUUUGUGCAAUAGUUUCGAAACGUUCUGUGUUUGUUCCUUUCGUUGGAGAAAUUUAUUAGGAUAAACAGAUACGCGUACAUAGUACCGUCGCGUCUAUGUGAAUUGUUAUUAUUUUUGUUGAUACAUUUACGUCUCUCUACGUUGUAAGUUGGCGUUUUUAAUGGAUCGCAAAGCACGCGAGGAACCAAACGUGUAAAUAUCGAUACGUUCCUGCGCGUAUCGCGAUACGACGAAUAUCUUCUGCCUCUUGGGUGCUUAACGGUCGAAGGCUCGAUGAAGAAAAGCAAAUCUCUGACAAUACACGUCGUCGAACCGGCAAACGAAGCGUUUCUGGUUUAUUUCUCUGGCAUCGAUACGUAUACGAGACGAACGAGGAAAAAAGUCGAUGGCGACGUCCGCGUAAAAUUAUCUUUGACGUUUACCAAGUAACACAUUGUAUUACACGAGUACUAGUUUAAAACAAAGGAUAGAAAGAGACGCGAGAUAACCGAGAUAGGCGAAGAUAUUUUCCGUGCAGCGCUUAUUACUUUACAGACUGAAAUAAUUUCGUCACAGUAGAACGAGACAGUGUACAUAAAAGUAAGAGAGAGGGGAGAAUCUGGGAAGUAGAGUGUAGGAGAAUCAAUUAUUCGUCUAUUUCAUGGACAGAUGGGAUGGAAGAUACCGUGAGAAGAGGUAUAUACUUUAACCAAACACCGUGUAGUGAGAGUAAUAAUAAAUUAAAAAAUAUAGCGAUAGUCGGCCGACGAUUACGAUUAAUCUUCGACGUUAUCAUUAUUCUUGUCAUUGUCAUUAUUAUUACGAUUAUAAUUACCAUUGUCACUGUGAUUAGAUCUAUUUUUUUGCUCAACACGAACCGCAUACAGGCAGUGGGAAGGCAGACGGGCGACACGUUCACGAUCAGUACGAGCUCGUUCUUCCUGGGAGUUACCAUUUCGACGACAUUAUUGCUAUUAUUACCAUUAUUACCAUUAUUGUCGUUACGUUCUCGUCAUUAUUACGAUUAUUAUUGUUGCCGUUGAUAAAGUUGUACGAAUAUAUAAGUUCAAUGACAUGCUUUAAGUAAGUAUAAAUGUUACUCCGAUUGAAUAAAGGGUAUUUAUCGAUGAA